AACAAAAGGACACAAAGCAUUUACUUAAUGCGCAAGUCAAAAGUACUUCUUUAUCUCUCUGAAAACAUGUUUUUCUCGUUUCCAUCUCCUUGAUUUCCAUUGUGUUUGAAAGCGCUUUGAAAAUGCACUCGCCGGAUCCGGCCCCCUCAAUAUUUUCCCCCUCCUCAAAGAAUCCAAUCCAUAACCACCCCGUAAACAAUUCUCCUUAUCCAAACCCAUGUUCAAACAAAGUGUGUACCUCGCAAAACUUUAAUUGUCAAUUGAUUUCUCUCUCAGUUUUGACCAACAAUCAUCAAUUCAAACCCCAUCGAAGUCAGAAUCCAGUGACCCGACCUCGCUAAAAUGGCACCUAAAAAGAAAAAGGGGUCUCCCUCUCCCUCGGCUAACAACCCACCUCCCGAAACCCCACCCAGCGUCUCCAAGGAGCCCGAGAACCCCUCAAAGUCCGGCUCCUCAAAACACGAGUCCAAGCCACCAGCCAGCAGGAUCCCAAUCCGGACCGGCUCCGGCUUUUCCACUCCUUCUCGCCCGACCACAGCAUCCGCUUCCUCUAUACCUGUCUUACGAAGAACCGUCCCUCCAAACACUACAGCGACAACGGGUCUAAGACUAAACCUCCGCCCUCUGCCGCUUUCAUCAUUCGUUAAUAGGUCUGCUCCCCCAGCUUCGCUGCCUGUGCUCGUCAAUACACUUGCUACCCCGACUUCAGGUCCGGAAGAAGGGGCUGGACCAGAGGGAAAGGGAGAGGGGGAGGGGGAGAGAUCGAAGGCUCCCGAAGAGAAGUUGCAUGAGGAUCCAAUUGCAGCUGCACCACCAGUAGACAGUGGUUCUCCAGCAGACUCAAAGAGUGAGGCUCCUGCAGCACCAAGCACACCCGACCCGAACGAGUUCGCCGUAGACAGCCCAUCUGAAGUCAGCUCUCCCGGAGAGCUGUUCUCUGAGCCUACCCCUGGUUUUCCAAGCACCGAUACAGCUUUUGGAAGUGGGGAGGCUGAGAAUGAGGACACGCUCUCUCCUCCUCGCAUCAUAGAUGGGAGGAGGAUCAACACCCCAAGCGCUCAAGUUGCACCACUGUUCUCUGGCCCUGCACCGCAGCUUGGUAGCAAUGAUGGAGAAACAGCUUCUGAGAGCGGAACAGAGAGUAAGCAUCCCACUGAGACGUUUUCUCCACCCAGAGAGGAGGGGAGCCAGGCUACAACACCGAAUCCAAGCAAGCCUCCCACUGAAACCUCCUCGCCUCUCAUCCCUUCAACCCAAGCCACGACACUGAGCCUAUUCCCCUCCCCCUUGCGAGUCCUUCGUCCCGCCACUCCUCAGGCGACAUCCGCUCCACCUCCACUUCCAACCCAAACCUCAGAGGCACCGGCAACUACAACCGCAAACGUAGAUGUCAAUGCAAGUUACGAUGCCCCACCAACUACUCCUCCAGGCUCCUCCCACACCUUCUUCUCCAACAGCACAGACUACCAAGACUCCGCCCGUAAAUACCCAGAGGCCACGGACGAGUUCGACAGGAUGGCCACCAUGUCCACCGACGCCGGUACACCUGUCCCUCUGCGCCGUCACCGCUCUGAUCGACUUUUCCGCGAAUCUGCCCACUGGGAUCCAUCCCCUUCAUCUGGCCCAGAAAAAUUCGUAGCGGCUUUCAGGCCGCAAGAGAUAUCUGAUUUCCAACGAUAUGCGGAAGAGCAUCCCGAAGACGAGGGGGUCAGAAAGGGGAUCGCGGCCCUAGAGGGAGCGAUGGGGAAGGAGAGGGAGCAGGUGAUAAGUCAUCUAACGCUUGUUAACGCGAAUCAGCAACUGUCUGAGCGAAUGGCGAUGCGUGAUCGGGAGAUGAAGAGGGCGAUGGCGGAUGCGACUCGUGAGCGCAAUGUUGGACGGUUCUCGCAGGAUGAGAUGGAGGCUGCGGUUCAGAAGGAGAGGAAUAGUAGGAGGGAGGUUGAGGGCGAGUUGAAGGAGUGCAGGAAGGCUGCUGAUCGGGUGGAGCGGGCGGAUAUCUUGUUGAUAAAGGAGCAGGAGAAGGGUAGGGGGUUGGAGGAGAGGGUCGCGAGGUUGAUGGCGGAGAAUGGGGAGUUGAAGUUGGAGACCGAGGAGAAGGAUGAAGAGCUUGAGAAGUUGAGGGCUGAGAAGGGGGAUUGGAUUUCGAAGGAGCAGUGUGCUGAUUUUAAUGCGGAAACAUAUCGGAAGAUGGAUGAUCAGAUUGUCGCUCUUGAAGCUGCGCUUGCAGCUUCAAAGGGCUCUGAUGGCAGCGAUGAGAAUAUUUUGACGGAAGAAGAGUGCAACGAGCGUUGCGCUCAAGAGAAGGGACAGUUACUAAACGAGAACGGGUCGCUCUGGGGACAAUUGAACAAUGCAGACGAGGCGCUAAGAUGCUGCCAACAAGCCAACUCCGCGGAACCAGGGCAGGAAGCGCCAAGAAGUGAUCGAUCGCUGCGUGAACAAAUCGAAGAAUUGGGGCAAAAGUUGGAGAAAUACAAGCUUGAUAAUGAGACGCAAGAACAGUUGCUUGUGGUUCACGGCGUUUAUGAUAGGGAUGGUGUGCCUUAUAACGAGCUUCUGGAUGAGAAUAAGAACCUUAAGGCUGAGCUGUGGAGUCUGGAGACUGCGAACAAGCAGCUCAACGAAAAUGACCAGGAUAUCCAAGCUCAAACCAGGAAGGAGAUGUCUCGCCCAGCAACACCCACACUAACUGAGAAUCAAGCGGAGAGCGUUACUGCACUCAAAAAAGAAAGGGCUGAGCUCAAAGAUUCACAAAGGGUCCUGAGACAAACGAACGAAAACUUGAGACAUGAGAUGGAGAAAGUCAAAGAAAAGCUGGUGGACACCAAGGAAGACAGAGAUGCUCUCAAAGAGACUCUUCGAAAAGAAGACGGACGAAGCAGCCGCCUUGGUUCCAUCAUCCCACCCGAGGACCCAGAGCUGACCAGAUGUAAAGAAACAAUCGAAGAUUAUGAGAAAGACAUAAUGUUGCUGAAGAAGCAGGUUGAAGAUGCCGCGGCCAGCUUCAGGAUAGAUUCGGGAGAGUCGGAGAGAGAGGUCACAGAGUUACAGGGAGCUGUUGACCAUUUGAUCUUAACAAACGCGAUCAAUGCAGAGCACUGCGAGGAGACAGAGAAUCAGCUUCAAGUGAAGAUCGAAGCACUUGAAGUCAAGAUAGCAGCUCUUGAAGAAGCGAAGGCCGAUCGUCAACGACAGAUCAAUCGACAUGUUAGAAAGAUUGCGGAAUUGGAGGGCAGAAAUCCAGACGCGCCAGAUGCACCAAUCUCACGCAAGUCCAGCUUAAACAGAGAUGAUGAGGAGAUUCCAGCCUCAAUCAGUGCAAUGGAAGUUGUUUUCAUUCGAUGCGAGAUACAGCUUGGGCAAUUGCAAGCCGAACGUACACGAUGGGGCUUCAUUGACAACGACGCCAAUAACGCGAUCGCGGUUGCUUGUGAAGCACAACAAAUGGCCGAACGGCUUGAUGAUCCGAACCUAAUUGGGCGAGCCGUAUUCUGGCGAGGUGUGGCUGAAUUCAUGGCCGGCAAUAGCAUGGUUUCUGAAGUGUUCGAGACCUCAGCUAGCCAUCAGUGGACCGAACCGCGCGAGGAGAGAGAGCUCUUGCAAGAAUGGUGGAAGGUUUCGAACACAGGGACUGUGGACAAGAGUACACGGUCCGAUCCUAGCGUAAAUGCAACUCCAAUGCCAAUUAUAUCAUGGCCAGAGCGAUCCAAGCAGAAGAAGACUGACGAAAAAAACACCAACGACACCAAAGACAACAAAGACAAGAAAACCAAAGCGGACGGAACCAAGUCCAAAGACACGAAGUCUAAAGGUGAGAAGAAAAAGAAGCACCGAAAGCAUAAGCACAAGAAGACUGCGACCAAAUCGGAACCAACUCCAGUACCGGAUUCAGUACCAUCCGGGCCAAAACAAGUGAAUGGCUUGUGUGAAAAGUUUAAGGCUUGUAUGCUACAGUAA